UAAAAAUAUUUUAUGCAUAUCUUAGUUAACGGCGCCGCUCUUAUCAACAUAGAAAUGCUUGCCGUAAUAUUGUAGAAGUUUUGUUUUCACUGUGACAAAUUAUGGAAGACGUUAAUGAAAGCAAGAGGGAACUUGAAAACGACGCAGGUGAUUUCAAAAGAAAAACUGCCAAAAAUGAAAUUUUAGGCCAAGUGAAAUCAAGUGUUGAUCGUUUGUCUGAGCUUUGUAAUAACCUUAGCGAAACUCAAUCGAAAAUUAUCAGUGCUGUCCAGCAGUUGCAAGAGGGUCAGAAUGAAAUUAAAGACAAACAAACAGAAUUGCUGAGACUGACUAGAAAAGUUACAAAUAAUGCAUCUGCACACAAUUCACACGAUGAAGAUAAAUCAUCUUCUGAUUUUCUCGCAGGAAAAUUUGACAUCAUAGUAUGUGGAGGAGAAAAUAAGAAUGGCAGUUUAGAGUCCGUAGAGUCAUUUAACAUUAUUGAAAAUACUUGGAAAGAAGAGAAAAAUAUGACAGAGAAACGUGGUGGUGCUGCUGCGUUUGUUCAUGAUGGAAACAUCUUUGUAACCGGUGGAUCAAAUGGGGAGAAAUGUUGUAAUAGUGUGGAAAGUCUGAAUGUUGAACGUUCUGGGUGGAUAAAGACUAAAAAUGAAAUGCCAAAACCAUGUAAAGGGCAUAAAGUAAUUUAUUGGAAUGAGAAAAUUGUUAUGACCGGUGGACUGAACAGAAUGAGACCUCCAGAAGUGUCAAACGAGAUUUACGCCAUUUCACUAAAAAAUCCGCCCGAAAAAAACUUUUUGACAUUUAUGCUAGAGCGACGAUACUGUCAUGCCUCGUUUAUCAUGGAUGAGGAGGUUUUGAUUUUUGGUGGAAGGACAUCGAAUCAAGAUGUAGACAUUAAAAACAAUGUUUCUUCCUACAGUCUGCUUUUUGAAGAAUCCCAAAACCUCAAAUCACUUCCGUAUGCUGUUAGUAACAUGGCUUUCGUGAGGUAUGAAAAUAAGGCAAUCUUGAUUGGAGGUAUUAAUGAUGAAGGUGAAGCAUUAGAUGUUGUCCUGAUGUAUGAUUUGAAAACAGAAGAAUGUAAAAGACUUCCACCUCUCAAUCAUAAAAGAUUUGGAUGCGCAGCUGUUAUCGAUGAAAGUAUUAUUGUUGUAGUUGGCGGAAUGAAUGAGGAAGAGUAUCUUGAUUCCGUUGAAUAUAUUAAUCUGAGAGAAAAGACUUGGACAGAACUACCUCCGAUGACAACCAAACGAUUUUUACCAACUGCAUCACUAUGUUCAUAGUUUGACGUGUAAUCAUGACUUUUUAUAUGGCAAGUUAACAUUUAACAAUUAACAAUUA